AUGGUCAUCGACGGUGACGGUAUCACAGCGAUCUCCAUACCUCCAGUCGAUUCAACUGACAUAUUCUCCACCGCUUCUCAGCUCUUGCAGGAGCGUCAUCGAAAGCAGUUGUCCCCAGUGGUCCUCACGCCUCACUUGGCCGAGCUUAGCCGUCUCACUGGCCUCUCGAUGGCAGAGCUCACGAACGGAUCUCGGAGUUUGCUGGAGGUUGGACGGGAGUUGGCCCGUAGUACGAAUGCUGUCGUCGUUGUCAAGGGAGCGACGUCCAUGGUAUGCGAGCCUUCAGGUCGGGUGCGGAUGAACCUGUCUGGGAAUAGUGGCAUGGGUACGGCCGGAAGUGGGGAUGUUCUCAGUGGCCUCAUCCCUGCUAUGUAUGCCGCGUAUGGUCAUGAUGUGGAUAGUCUUGGUGACGCUGUGGCAGCGGCCGUAUUCGUGCAUGGAGUUGCUGGAGACAUCGCGGCUAUCAACCUUGGAGGGGAGGAUGGAGUAACAGCAUCCGAUAUCAUGAAUGCUGUCCCUGAGGCUGUGUCGUACGUCCGAGGCGAGAGCGCAUUUGCCAAGUACGGGUCGGAGUUGGAGCCAAGAUACUCUGUGAGGAGUCUUUAG